AUGGCUUCCUAUCAACUUCUAGAUCAAAGAGAGGAGGAUGAACUACACAAAUCUCGCCUUCUUAAUGUCGAAGAGAAACCUUUCAAACGAAUCACUAAACGUCUACUCACUCCUGGAUUCGUCACUACACCUAGCAAACUUCCUACACCACCAUUAGAUACCAACGAAGAGAUUGGGGAAGUUGAUCAGCAAAAGGUUCUUGAUGAGCGUCGUCAAUUGCGCGAAGAUGUACUCCUCGAUUUCGCAGCAUUUGAUAGCAGUCUCGCGCGCAUCCAAUUUCUUCGCGAUAGUAAUGAACGCGAACGCGAGAGGUAUAAGGCCGACAAGGAACAUAUUUUGGAAACAGCACAAGCGGUGAGAGAUAGUACCGCUCAGUUAAGAAUUCAAUUGGAAGAGGCGAAGACUACGUUAGAACAGAGGAAAAAGUUUGACGAAUUGGCCGAGAAAAUUACGAAUAAUAUGUUAUUGCGACCACGAAAGGAUCAAGAAAUUAAUUUGAGGAAAUUGGAAGAGGAGUGCAAGGAGUUAGAAAGAGAAAGCAGAACAUAUGGUGAAACAUGGAAAGAGAGGAGAGAACAAUUUGGUAGAAUUGUUGAGGAGGGAAUGCAAUUGAGGAGGUUGAUCAGAGAUGAGAAAGAAGAGGUCGAAAGACGAGAAGGAAUGGACGGAGGGGAGGAAGAUGGCGAGGUUGGUGAUGGUGAUGGACCGACUCCCCAAAGGCGAAGCAGUACAAGUGACGAUGCAACACCAAGACAAGAAAGUCCAGAAAGAGAUACACUUAAACCCAAACCCAUGCCUUCUGGAUCAAUAUCAAGAUCCGGCUCAAGGCCCGGUUCAAGACCUGCUUCAAGGUCUGGUUCAAGGCCUGGCUCAAGAGGUAGAUCAACAAGUCGAAUAGCAUCUCCAACACGAUCAGAACGAGCUAGAAGUCGUAAACGUAGAGGGGAAGAGGGAGAAGGGGAAGAUUUUGCAAUGACAGAUGCAAGUGCUAGACAAGUGGAUAUGGAUCAUUCAGCCGACACACCUAUGGCGGAUGGGAUGAAUUCAACACAAGUAGGAACACCAAGAGUCACGAUUAAUGAACCAGAAGAAGGAUCAAUAGAUGAGGGAGAAGUUGGUGAUAAGAUGGAUACCACAUAG